AUGUUGAAGUAUCGUGUAUUAUCUCGAUCAUGUCAUAUAUUCCACCCAAAGUCUCUCUCGAAUAAUACCCUUAAAUCAGAAUCCACCCAAGAACUACUUCAGACACUGGGGUUUAUAAGACGCUCGCAAGCUGGACUCUUCCAAUGGCUACCGCUUGGCCUGCGAUCACUAAAUAAAUUGACAGGUAUCAUACGAAACCGGAUGGACAACGACUGUGGGGCUGUGGAAGUUUCGCUGAGUGCUGUCUCCUCCAAAUCACUAUGGCAAACGACGGGUCGGUGGACUAAUAGCGAGCUGUUUAAAUUUAAGGAUUCCAAAGGGAAGCAGUAUUGUUUGACAGCGACAUGUGAAGAAGAUAUUACGGAUUUGAUGAAAAAUUACGUUACUAGUUACAAAGAUAUGCCUAUCACGGUGUAUCAAAUAACAAGAAAAUAUAGAGACGAAAUUAGGCCCAGAGGUGGUCUUUUACGUGGACGAGAAUUUUUAAUGAAGGACGCGUAUUCAUUUGCCAGUACCAAAGAAGAGGCAUUUGCCAGUUUCCAAGAAUUAGACGAAACCUACAAUAAAAUAUUUAAAGAUUUGAAGAUACCUUUUGUUAGUGCAUGGGCAGACAGUGGUGAUAUAGGUGGUGAAUUUAGUAAAGAAUUUCAUUUGAUUCAUGAAUCUGGUGAAGACACUCUGAUGAGUUGCAAAGAUUGUGGCGACAUUUCAACCCUAGAUAUGUCUCAAUCAUUUCCUGAAAAAGAUGGGCAAUAUCUUGGCGAUGUCGAUUGUAAGUAUGCCUUGACCAAAGAUCACUCUACUUUAAUAUGCUUUUAUUAUCCAAAAAACAGGCAAUUGAAUUGGAACUUGGCAUUAAACGUAAUGGACAAGGAUAUCGAUUUGGCAUUAAGGGACAAGCCAAAUGAUCUUGUUCUGGAAGCUUAUCAAAACGAUAAUGAAGACAUUAUGUUCAGUAAAAUAUUGAGAGUUAUGGACUGUAGACUGAACUCCAAAUCAAAUUUCCCUGAUUUCCCACUGAAGGAAUAUUUGAAGAAUAAUUUUGGCCAAAUUGAUGAUGUUUCUAUAGUGGAUGCACAAGCAGAUGAAAUAUGUGGUAAAUGUGAAAACGGAAAUCUACAAUCGUUCAAAAGCAUCGAAGUUGGCCACAUAUUUUUACUGGGCAACAAGUAUUCGAAGCCACUGAACGUCAAGUUUGUAGAUAAAGAGAAUAAAAAUGAUACGUUUGUUCAUAUGGGGUGCUACGGCAUCGGAGUAAGCAGGCUAAUUGGAUCAGUGGCGGAACUGGGCCGUGAUGCAAAUGGGUUUAGAUGGCCAGCCAUAAUAGCACCAUACAAGGUGUCUAUAUGUACCGGGCCCAGUAAUGAAGAGAACCUACAGCGGAUAAAAGAUAUUCGGUCCAAAUUAUUGGAUAAUUCCUCUAUAGAUGUCCAAAAUGAUAUGCUGGACCAAUUCAACGAAAAAUUGGGGAUAGGCGCUAGGAUAAAGUUAUCUCAUGCCAUGGGCAUACCAUUAUGUGUCAUCGUAGGCCCAAAGAACUGGCCCAAUGUGGAAAUUGAAGUUCGUGGCAUCAGGUGGGGCAAAAGGGAUCAAUGGAAAACGGAGUUCGAGAAGAAGACUCAAGAGUGGAAUUGGAAGUGCACUGAAAAUGAAAACGGAAUUGAAAAACACGUUGUCCCGAUUGAGCACUUGGCAGAAGUCGUCGACAUUCUGCUAAGAGAUAUGUAG